UGCUGCCAUCUUGAAAAUCUAUUGAGUUGAUCCAGACGUGUUUGAAGCAGCUUCUGUCAAAUCGGAAAAGCUCAUAUCGCCCACAUUGAGCCAUUUAAAUCCCGAGACACUCCCAACUACAUCCAAACUUCAACCUGUCAACAGCACCUAAGAUAUCGCCUUUAACGCCAUCUAAACAAACAGGAGUCGAAAUGGAGGCUCAUGGCUCAGGACGUUUGUCCAGGAAGAGAAAGAGAGAAGGGUCCAAUGGGGAGGCAGAAGAGGGAGAGAAACAAUUGAAGCUUAAACGAUGCACAGUGGGUCUGAAAUAUCCAGCUCCAUAUGCAGACCAACUUGAAUCAAUGGAAGAUAAGCCAUACGAGCGUCUCACCAUUGAAGAAGCUCGCAGAGGCACUCCACCUGACAGGCCUGUCCGGGUGUAUGCUGAUGGGAUCUUCGACAUGUUCCAUUCAGGACAUGCCCGAGCUCUCAUGCAGGCCAAAUGCCUUUUUCCCAACACACACCUCAUUGUUGGCGUGUGCAGCGAUGAUCUCACACACACGUUAAAAGGCUUCACUGUCAUGAAUGAGGACGAACGUUAUGAUGCGAUUAGUCACUGUCGUUAUGUGGAUGAAGUAGUCCGGAACGCUCCGUGGACCCUUACACCUGAGUUCCUCACCAAACAUCGGAUUGACUUUGUGGCCCAUGACGAUAUCCCCUAUGAAUCAGCUGACAGUGAUGAUGUUUAUAAGCACAUCAAAGAAGCAGGAAUGUUUGCACCGACCCAAAGGACAGAGGGCAUUUCCACCUCUGACAUCAUCACACGCAUUGUGCGAGAUUACGACGUAUACGUCAGACGAAAUCUUCAGCGUGGCUACACAGCUAAAGAGCUCAACGUCAGCUUUAUCAACGAAAAGAAGUAUAACCUUCAGGAGCGUGUUGACAAGGUGAAGAAAAAAGUGAAGGAUGUGGAAGAAAAGAGUAAAGAGUUUGUGCAGAAAGUGGAGGAGAAGAGCAUCGACCUUAUCCAGAAAUGGGAGGAGAAAUCUAGAGAGUUCAUUGGCAACUUCCUGCAAAUGUUUGGACCAGAGGGAGCAUUGAAACACAUGCUGAAGGAGGGAAAAGGCAGAAUGUUACAGGCCAUCAGUCCGAGGCAAAGUCCCAGCAGCAGCCCCACACGCGAGCGCUCGCCCUCCCCGACUUUCCGUCUCCCGUUCUUCAACAAGACCUCCCCUCCCUCCUCCCCUUCCUUCGAGCACAGCGGCACCCUGUCCAGCUACAGCUUCGCUGCCCGUGGACAUGCCAUCAGCGAGGAUGAGGAGGACGAUGAAGAUUAAAGUGCAUCUGAACUCCAUGCACCUGUCUUCCAGCACUGGCGAUUGAACCUCAAAAGCCAAGCAAUCCUUAUACACUCAAUAAGUUUCGCCCUCUGUAUUUUCGCUGACUUAAAAGAUAUGAAGAUUUAAAACGAAGCACCCACUGUGCACUGUCAGUCUAGAGGCUUAUUGUAAAAUGUAGUGACUUCAAGUCAUUGUCAGUGAUGGGAUGUGCGUAUUAAAAACUUUAGCAUGUCGUUUUAAAUAAUGCAGGAUUGACGGGGGUUUUAAUUGCAUUUCAGAAGAAGCAGAAAUGGUAUUAAUACUUUUUUUUUUUUUUUGAUCAUUAAUGUUCAGUUUGAAUGAUUUUAUUGUUUUUAUUAUAUUAUAUAGUUGUUAGAUAUUACUAAGUUCAUGUUCCUUUCCUUGAAAUGGGCAAGAUUAGCGAGCAAAUGUCAAAACCAUUAUUUGCGCGAUCAUGUGUUUCGCAUGAGUUGUCCUGUCUGUGCAAGAGCUAAAAAAAUGAAGAUGUUUUUAUCAUGUGA